AUGAUUUCUAUCAAGACGCUGCUACCUCUCGCCCUCGUUGGCCUUGUGACAGCCCGGAACUGCACCAAUAUCAUCAUUGAGACUCCCAUAGUCUCCCGGCAAGGCAAGUUUCGAGAGGUUCCGCUUGAGAGCAACGUGGAAGUGGGCGAAUUUGCAACUCGGCUCGCCAAGUUUCAAAGCAACUACAGUGCGGAGUUGCUUGAGGGAUACCAAACUUUGGAAAAGACCUUCAACAUCUCCGCUCAGUACUGCGAGCCCGAUGGCGGAAGCAGUGAUACCAUUCAGUUGUUGACUCACGGUAUUGGGUUCGACAAGACAUACUGGGACUUGGAGUACGACAACUACAACUACAGCUAUGUCAACGCUGCUCUAGACGCAGGAUACAGCACACUCGCCAUUGAUCGUCUCGGCAUCGGAAAUUCGUCCCACGGAGACCCUUUCAACGAAAUCCAAGCCCAGGCCGAACUCGAAGCCCUCAACUCCAUCACCCUCCAACUCCGCAACGGCACAAUCUGCGCCAUCGGCCGCCCCUUCAAAAAAGUCAUCCACGUCGGCCACUCCUUCGGCUCCAUCCUCUCCUACUGGCUCUCGUCCAAAUACCCCUCAAACACCGACGGCCUCAUCCUCACCGGCUUCUCCAUCUCCUCCCAAUUCCUCCCUUACAUCAUCGCCGGCUGGAACCUACACAGCGCACGCCUCAACCAACCCUUCCGCUUCGGCAACGCUUCCAGCAGCGGCACUCGGAAACUCGCAACGCAGUACCCCCUCCUUUCCAACCUUGCCUCCGGUCUCCAACACGUCCUCAAAUUCGCCCGUGUAAAUCUCCCAGACAACGACGUGCGCAACAUGCUCUCGACAACCGAACUGUCCAAUCUGAUAACCGGGUACGAUGGCGUCCACUCGUUGAACUACCCGUCAGGCUACAUGACGCACGCGAGCCUCACAGCCCUCCAAUACGCCUUCCUGCACCCAUCAAACUACGACUUCAACCUCGCGCUUCGCAGCGAAGCAACAAAGCAAGCCGUUACCGCCGGCGAGCUACUCACCAUCGGCAGCGCACCCGCCUCAUCCUCCUUCACCGGCCCGGUCCUCGUUAUCACGGGCGAAACAGACGUCCCCUUUUGCGGCGGAAAUUGCUACGGCAAGAUUCCUGGGUUCCACCAGUUUGAGAAUGUGGUUCAGCAGGUUGAUUUGGUGUUUCCGCGCAAGGAAGGGGGGGUUGCCGUGUGUGUGCAGCCGCGGACGGGGCAUGGGCUUAAUUUUCAUUAUAAUGCUACGGGGGGGUAUGGGGUUAUGCAGGAUUUUCUCGCGAGUAAUGGGUUGGCUGCGUGA